CGUUUUAUAGCGCUUUGCGCUGAUAUACAACUUGAAAGUUGUUAUUAUGGGUUUAUUAGAUGAUGAAUUAGCCCAUGGUAAAUUAUCAGAAGAUCGAUCACUAUUUAGUAUAUAUCUUAAUAGCAACUGUUCUAGCAACAAUAGUCAGAGCAGUGAUAUUCCUAAUAUUAAGCAGUUAUGUGGAUUAGGAGAAAGUAUUAAAGAACUUUUGGUAAAAAUUCAAAAAAAACAGAAUACUUUGCAACGAAAUUUCCAAGAUUUGCAAACAAAAUAUAAAAAAUGGCUUUUAUAUGAAUCAGAAAUUAAUAAAAAGACUAACCAAGGCGAGAUUUCUAUUAUUGAAUCUAAAAAAAGUUCCUCAAAUGAACAAGAUAAUGUAUUCCAAACAUCUCAAUUGUCAAAUGAAUAUAUUAGAGAAGAAACAGAACUUGAACAAAAAAAAUUAUUGGAGCAAAGUCCUCCUGAAUUUUUUAAAAAUAUUCAGAUGCCUCAAGAAUCACUUAGCACGGUUUUUUCUAAUAAAGAAUAUUUUUAUGAUGAAAUCUUAAAAAUUUCGGACCCUCAAAAGCUUAAACAAUUUUUAGGAGUUUCAUAUUUUCCUACAGUUGAUCUUUCUGAUAAGCUUCCUGGUGAACCUGUUAAUGAGGAUUUCUCUAAAGUUAAAGCGCCUAUACAAAUAUCUAUAUCUACUUAUUAUGCAUAUCUUGAUUCUUUUUAUCGUCCUUUUUCUGAAGAGGACCUUUUAUUUUUAAAAGACGAGGAAGAAGAGCUAGCAACAUAUAUGAUUCCUCCAUUAGGCAUAUUUUCCGAAAAUAGUUGGGCUUCAGAAGAUUUAGCUGGUAUGAUUUCUUCUAAUUUCUCUCUUUCUUCUAUUCCAUAUGGAUCACCAGAUCAACUAACGGAUGAACAUUUAUUUACUGAGGAAAUAUCAUGUGGUCCGCUAUUAGAAAGACUUUUGAGUGGAAUGUUAAAAGAGGAUGCUUUAGAUGAUGAGCAAAAAAUGGAAGAGGAUGAAAAAGAUACAGACUUGUAUAAUUCUUGUUGGAAAAUUCCUAGUAUUAAAGUAGAUUAUCAUAAUUUCGAAGAAAGAUUAAAAAAAGAGCUUAAAUAUAUAGGUAUAUUGGGUGAUGAUGAUAUCAAUUGGAAUAAUCGGGAAGAUGAUGAAAUAUCGUCAAAUUUACGAUCUUUACAAUCUCAAUUGAGACAUCAAUGUGCAAUCAAUUCAGCAAGAAAGAGUAAAUUAAGAGAAUUGGUAAAAGAACAUCUCGCAUACCAGGAAUAUUCUAUCGUUUUAAAUGAUCUUAACAAACAAGUUGAACAAGCCUUUUUAAAAAGAUCUAGAAGUAUUGAAGCAAAAAAGAAAAGGGUAAUAGGAAGUAUAGGUUCUUCUGACAUUGGUGCUGGAAGAAUAGGAUUAAGCAACCAUAUACAAGCUUUAUUAGAACGAAGAAAAAAAUGGGUUGAAAAAGUAGGAUCAAUAUUUACACCUAUCGAAAAAUAUACACGAUUACCUAUGAGUACAAUUUAUGAUGAUUUAGAUAAUAUAAAAACAGAUGAAAACAUAAUUGAGGGUGACAUAUAGUUUGUUUAUUGAAUGUAUUUUAGUACAGAUUAAAUAAAACAUUAGU